AUGACCAAUAAAUGUGUAGUGGUCCUCCUUGGUGGGGGUCAUGCGGCAGGGAAGAAGUCGACGGCUAGUUUGCUCAAAGAGGAGCUACAGAAAUUACAGAAAUCAAAUAAGCUAAACAUCGUCAAGUUAGACUUGGAAGACUAUAAGGUUGUUGAUUCCUCCUCGUGCUCAACCAAACCAUCCCGGUUCGACUUUGAUGGAGUACGGAAUUACAUUCAAGCCAAUUCAGAAAGUGAAGACUUCCAAACAGUAUUCAUCGUCUAUGGCUUGUAUGCCUUGUACAACAAAGAGCUUCGCAACAUCUCCCAUAUGAGAGUGUUCAUAGACAGUGAUCUGGACACCAGGUUGAUCCGGUGGAUACGAAGAGAUGUGCUUCAAAACAAGGUAUCUACGUUGGAAGACAUCUUAUAUGAAUACAUGGAGAAGUCUAGAGAGGAAAUGAGCGAGUUCAUCUUUCCCACAAAGGAAUACGCUGACGUAGUCAUGCCCAGAGGUCCAGAACCUCAUGCGGUUUCCUUAUUGGUGGAUGGUAUACUUCCUUAUCUUUCAACCAUAGAUCUGAAUUCACAUACGCAUACUUCUAUCCCCUUGAGACCUAUGGAACAUUUCAAUAAGGAGAAGUUUGAUGGUCAAAAGGGAAGUUUCUAUGAAAUAAACUAA